AGCCCACGAGCCGAGCUCCCUCUCUGCUCAUCAUCGCAUCGCAUCGAGGAGAGAGCGGCGCCCGUGCCAAUCCCCUCGCCGCCGUGGCGCCCAACUCGCUCGCUGCCUCCUUGGCUUUUCUCUCUCGGUGUCAGUGCUGCCGCCGAUUUAUACGCGCCUCCCCUCCCCCGUCCCGUCUCCUCCCCUCUCUCCUUCGCCCCCUUCUCUCUACCUCUCUGCUGCUGCAGUGGCCCAGUGAGUGGGUCUCCUUGCUCCUGCGCUGUUCAUCCCAUUGGAUAUUUGGAUCCUUCCGGUUUGGUGCCUACUUGCCCCCACGGAGAUUCUUGCUACCUCUGCUGCUGCUUCUGCUGCUGUUCAUGCAUGGCCUCCCCUUCCUGAUAAACUUCUUCUUGGUUCCUCACCCAGCUCCGGCUGGGAAUCCUGCUCGCUUGUGCUCUGGCGGCAUCUGGAUGCUGGGGGUACCAACAAUCUUGCAUUUUCCCUAACUGAUUUGGUUUCGAGUUCUAUGGUGAUUCUGUUUUUCUUUCCCAUCUUUGUUUUCUGAAAAUAUAUCACCUUUUCCCGGCUUCUUCUCGAUUCGGUUCUUGGAAAGGCUGGUCUCCUCGGUUCUUGAGCUGCUUCAUUUCCCCUGCCUUUUCUUUAUGUUUUUGUUGCGGAAGACUCUUCUUCCUCAGUUCUUUACUGUUCAUCUGCCCACCGAUUUAUUUUACAGUUCUCAAAUUUCACCUCUCUUCCUGCAUCUUACCACCACUGCUGCCACCUGAUCUGUUGCUUAAUCAGCCCACUUGUUUGUGCUGCUCAUGAUUGCAGUUGGUGGUUCGGUUAGGUGCUUAACUACAUCCACCCCGGAGAACAUCGGACGGAGCAUUUGAGGUCGUUGCCUGCCCAACCAAGCUCUCUCAGCAGCUCCGGCCUCUGACUUUCUCGGGAGGAGGAGCAGGAGGAGGCGAACCAGCGCGGGCACGAUGAUGAGCUUCAGGAGCCACGAGGGGUUCGGGCAGGUCCACGCCGGCGCCAGCUCCAACGGAGCUCAGCUGCCGUGGUGGGCGCCGGCGCCUCAGCUGCUGCUGUACGGCGAGGCGCUGGGCCAGGGGAAGGUGCCGCCGGAGGCGGCGCCGUGCCGGGAGGCCCGGUUCCAGGUCGUGCCGGGAGCGCAGGCGCCGCUGGGUCCUCCGGUGCCGCCGCCGCCGCCAGCGAAGGCUGCUGCCGAGAGGGGCCUCCCUGAAGUCCUCAAGUUCUCCGUGGCGCAAGGUAAAGGGGAGAAAGGUUCUGAGCACUCUGCCACUGUUGCUUUGCCAUCCCCAUUUGUGAUCUACAAUGGUCAUUUUGAGCUGGGCCUUGGUCAAUCUACGGUUUCUGCUAAUAAUCCUUAUGCUGACCAACACUGUGGCCUGCUUUCUCCCUAUCCAGUGGGAGCAACGCCUGGAGGGUGCAUGCGUAUACCAUUGAAUAUGCCAACAGAAGCACCAAUUUAUGUGAAUGCAAAGCAAUAUGAAGGCAUUCUUCGUCGACGCCGUGCCCGUGCCAAAGCAGAGAGGGAAAAUAGGCUGGUGAAAGCCAGGAAGCCAUAUCUCCACGAGUCUCGCCAUCUGCAUGCACUGCGUCGCGCAAGAGGCUCUGGUGGGCGUUUUCUGAACACAAAGAAAGAGUCCAACGCGAAGGAUGCUGGUGGAGAUGGCAAGGCAAUGGUCAGCAACUCGCUUAUGCGCCAGGUGGCAUCUCCAAGUUCAGAGAUCCAGCAGUCAGACCUGGGCAACCCGAGCAGUGUCUCCAGUCUGUCGGGCUCAGAGGUGUCAAGCAUAUAUGAUCAUGAAGAUGUGGAUCACUACCACAGCUUUGAUCACCUCCGCACUCCGUUUUUUACCCCGCUCCCGAGUAUCAUGGACAGUGAGCAUGGUGUCGGUAACCCCUUCAAGUGGCCAACAGCCUCUGAAGGCUGUUGUGACCUCCUCAGAGCAUGACUAGAGGGGUUACCAGACAGCCGAAUGCUACGAACUGGCGACAACCGGCAGAUGCUGCCAGAUGUUACCAGCUCCGGGUCAGGGAUUGUCCCUCCCAUCGUUUGGCUGUCAGUAGGCAAUUCAUUCUUGGCUGAAGGCAUUGUGGUUGUUUCCGCUCAUCGCCUAAUUGUCCUAGAAAUUCUAUUUCUGGGAUCUUGUGAUGAGUGGAGCACCCUUGCCCCCAAAAAUGCUGGUAGUACUAGCUUCCAGCAUCAAACUCGUUUUGGUGUAGUUUUCUGAAUAAAGCCUGAAACUUCGAACUCGUCUGAAGAUUCAGAGGUACUGGAAGUGGCGUAUGUUUGAAGUCUGAUUGUGUCAAGACUAUGGCUUUGUUAGUGAUGAAUUGUGGUGUGCCUGAAACUUGUGUGAACUUGAUUUGUAAUAUGUGGUGUGCUGAAAGCUCGUACUCGGUAAUGUACUAAUGUAUUUGACUACUGAAACUUUGGGCUUCGUCUGUACUUUGUGCUCCAUGUCUCAAUGCUAUGGCUUCGGAGGUAUUUUGGUUUGCAA